AUGGAUGAUGACGAUGAAAUGAUGGAUCUAAUUGAUACUGAAUUACUUAGUUCGGAAGAAGAAUUUGGUUAUACAACCAUUCCACAACCAUCAACAUCAUUUUUUAAUACUCCACCUAAUUUAUUUUUCACAUCCUGCCAACUAUCUGAUUUAUUCCUGCAACAAUUUCCAUCAUUACAAAUGCCACAAUCAAUGAAUGAAUUAGCAUUGCAAUAUCUUACUGCACCAUUAAUACAAUUAACCGGAAAUGAAAUACUACUAGAACCUGAAUUAAUUUCAUCCGAAUAUUCCAAAAUAAUCACAUCUUUAUCCGCGCAAUCAAUCAAUGAAGCAUUUCAUCCGGUAUCAGAAUUAUUAAAUUCUAUAGCCUGGGAUCAAUGGCUAUGCUAUUUAGCCAAAUCAUUAACUCCAGCCCAAUGGCAACUAUAUUGGAUGAAUUAUUUAAUGUUAUUUGGUACCAUAGGCUUACCUCAACAUCUUGUCAAUUUCUUUGCAACCGCUACUACAUCAAAUUUUUCCUAUUCAUCUAAUUUAUCAUCAUCAGUGUUGCAAAUUAAAGCUAAUUGGAUGCUCUUACGACAACAAUUCUAUG